AUGUUACUCUCGUUGCAAAAAAGAGAUAGUACUUCGAAAAACGCUGAGUCGCUGAAUGUAACAUGCGAUUUUUCUGUUUCGUUUCAGGAGGAUUAUAGUCAACGCAGACGCUUAUCGACACCUAGCGGCAGCCCGAGCCCUCCUAGACCGACCAGACUCUCGAGAUCCACCGGCACUCUCACCAGAGAGGAAGAGUCCUUCUGCGAGUCCAGCAACACCCUGACCAGGGACAACCAGGGCCAAGAGGCGGAGAGGAAGGGCUGGUUCAAGUCCCUCUCGAGGAAGAACAAAUCCAAUGCCGCACCGGUGGAUAAAAAGCCGAGAAUACCCGAGAGCGAGAUCUUGACGACCGGCACCGAGGAUGAGGAAGCUUCCUCUGCGCCUGAACGAGUUUCCGUGCAAAAGAAUCUCCGCUUCUUCGGCGAUACGGAUCAGGAGUCCGUCUCGUCCAACAGAGACCGCAGAAAUAAACGAGUUGACGACCAUGCCUGCUCGAGGCGUGAUGUCACGAAUUCGAAUCGCCGGGGUAUCAUAUCAGCCCCAAGAAAAUCGAGACUCGCUGAAAGCGCAUUAUCAUCGGGCGAAAGUACAACCGGCGAUAGCAGCCAGCAAAGUCAAAAUUCUCAGAGAUCGCAGAGAUCUGUCGUGUAUCUUCACGCUGCUACAGUCGGCGAAAUACCAGGCCCGAAUGAACGACGCCGUGCGGCGAGUCGCGAGGAGUUAAAUCGACCGUUGCAAUCGCACACGAGAACGGUGUCGAGGAGCGUGAGCGUCCUUGCUCCGUGGAAGCCGCGACAUUAUAGGGAACCGUUUGAGAUCAACUACGAUCAGCAACAGCAUGCAAAACCGAUCGCGACCAUGAGACGCAGGCAACGAAGUCGCGAAACCCUCAGCCGCCGAGGAAAGGAAGCACGGCGAAGCAAGGACAAUCUUUCUAAGACAAGUACGAUCAAUCGCAGCACGCUAAAACCGAAGGACAAGCAGAAAGUGGACAGAACUGUUUCCACGGAAUCGCUGGCCACCAAAUCGCGAGGCAUCGGCUCCAAGACGGAAUUGAACAGAUCCACGUCCGUGCCCCGCGACCCGAACAAGAGCGCGGGAUGGUUCAAGCUAAAGAGCAAGAAGUCCCGCGCCUGAAUUGGGCGGCCAUUGAUCAAUGCUAGUCUCGAGUUUCAUAAGUGUAAUUCGUAAUUUCGUGUAGGCGAUUAAUAGGCGUCGAUAUCUGGCGCGCGCUGAUUAAUAACGACGCGACUUAUCGAUAAUACACACCGUUCUCAAACACCGUUUAACACAUGCACGCGAGUGCGUCGAUCGCGAUCGCGCGGGUUUUAAUUUUUUUAACCGAGCAGCAUAUGAUUGCGGCAACAACGUGUAAAUUAAUUGCUGCUCAACACAUCGAUCGGUUUUGCGAAUUUAUGAAAUUUGUGCUACUUAAGACACAAAGUUAUAACCCCCCCCCCCCCCCCGCAUAAAUAGAUAUAUAUGUAUAUCUAUACGUAACAGAAUAAAACAAUUAUUCAAAUAUACAUAGGCACACGCGAAGAAGCUUCAAACCUCAGUUACUCGUCAAAUUAAUAUUGUUAUACUCUUUGCGCAUUAAAUAACGUUUUUUUGUAACAAAGAAGAUUGCAAAAGAUCAAAUGUAAACUCUUGAAAAGUAUAAUAUUAAAUAUGAAGUGUAUUCUAAAAUGAGAACCUUCUCAAUCUAUCGUUACAUUAUCGUUAAUAGCUUUCUCUCUGCCAAAUUUAACGGAUUAAAUUUGUUGCGAAUGAUGAGAAUGCGUUCAUAAUAUAUUCAUAUUAUAUCGUGAAUUAACAUGUCAUCGUGUAUUAACUUUUGUUUCUCCUUCGGGAUUUGACAAAAAGUGCUUCAAAUUUUUCAUACUUUCACGUAACUAAAUCCAUAUGCGUUGCGCAUCUCAUGGGAAAAUUAACGCGUCACUUUAUUCUACCGUGGAUCAAAGUGCCAUUUCUCUACAUUCCUAUAGUGUAUACACCCUUCGUUAAAUAAAUUGAAAUUCCCGAA